AUAAAUGGGUUCUCGUUAGCAUCGCAUUGCGCAGUAUUCACCAAGAAGUCGAGAACUUUACUGACCGUGAGGAAAGAGUUGAUUUUUCGAGGAAAGGUUUCCGUCCAAGAUGAAGGCAUUUUUGUGUCUUUUUGCUCUAGGGAUUUUUCUCCAUAUGCACGAGGGACAAGCAAGUUUGUGCCCACCGGGAUUUGAAUCAUUCUACGUGGGUCCAGAGUCGCAGGAUGCAUGCUUGAAGUUUGCAAUGGAUGUAAAGAGAGAUUGGGACACGGCCAGGAGUUACUGCAUGUCAUUAGGAUUUGACCUGGCUCAAUUAGAUGAAGGAAAUCUACACUGGUCAGUCAUUAGUUACAUUCGCAGCCAUCCAGAGAUGUUAGACGAAGGAUUCCACAUUGGCUGCACUGACAGAGUUACUGAAGGAACAUGGCUUUGGACGGACGGAAGACCUGUACAAAUGUUUACUGGUCACUGGUAUCCAGGCCAACCUGACGGAGGAUACAAGGAGAACUUUGGCUGUCUUUACUACGAUGAUUUCUUGUAUAGUUCUUGCGUCAACGGGCAGAGACUCUAUACAAUAUGUAGGAUUUAAUAUGCUUUACUAAACAGAGUAGUGUCCAGAAUGGGAUAAAACUUAUUGUGGAUUAUCCUAAUAUCCCCCUAAAGGAAGUCUUUACCCAUCGUUAGGCUUGCUCUUUGAACAGAAUUACUUCCAACUUAAGAUUAUUGAGGAUAUUAAAACGUAUUACUGAAAAUGAACUUGAUAAAAAAAAAAAAAAAAAAAAAAAACAGCGAUGAGAGUAGAACAUAAUACUUUAGUAGGAAGAAAACACUUUUUUCCGUAAAUAUCGAUCAGGAUGUGUUUUUGUAUAUCUUUUUAAAAUUUGAUGGUCUGAAGGGUACAUAAACAAAAAAAGAUGAGUGAAAAUUCAAAUAUAGUCAAUGCGGAGAAGCUUCAAGUGAAAGAAACAUUAGUGGCUUUUUUUUCAAGAGAACCGAAUAUGUAUAUUUUCCAUUUUGACCUUUGGUAUAUGUAAAUAAGUGAAAGUGGCUAAUCCGCUAAAAUGAUUAAAUUGUUUCUGUUGUU